UCUGGUUAGUGGACUGACAGCCAGCUGUGCGGCUACAACGACAACAACAACCUCCUGGAUUUUCUACAUACAACUAGAUUAGUGUUGGUCUGCUACUGAUCACAAUAGUACACUAUAGCUAGUUUCUUUUGGGACGUUAAUACUCGGCAGCACACACAGCUACAACCAGUAUCAUCGGCGGUUUCUGUGCUAACUAGCAAGAAGAGCAUUCCUCCAACAUGAAUCCGCUGUGUAGCAGAUGUAAUCUAGUCGUUUACCCCACGGAAAAAGUGAAUUGUCUGGACAAGUACUGGCAUAAAGGAUGCUUCAGCUGCGAGGUCUGCAAAAUGACUCUAAACAUGAAGAAUUACAAAGGCUUCGAGAAGAGACCAUACUGCAAUGCACACUACCCCAAGACAAACUUCACCUGUGUGGCUGACACUCCAGAGAACCUCCGCCUCAAACAGCAGAGCAAGAUGCAGAGCCAGGUUCUUUACAGGGAGGAUUUCGAGAAGAAUAAAGGAAAAGGUUUCAGUGUGGUUGCAGACACGCCGGAGAUGCAGAGAAUUAAGAAAACACAGGAUCAAAUCAGCAAUAUUAAGUACCAUGAGGAGUUUGAGAAGAGGAAGAUGGGAGGAGAGGCCCCACAUCAGCCAAGCAGCCCCAGCCCAGCUUACCAGUCCUCUGCAGGGUCCCAGAACUACAACUACGAACCUGCUCCUGAGCCAGUGCGCCAGGCAGCCGGCGGCCCACCUCCCAGUGCUGGGAAGCGGUACAGAGCAGUGUACGACUACUCUGCUGCCGACGAGGACGAGGUGUCCUUCAUGGACGGAGAUGUGAUCGUAGACGUGCAGCAGAUCGAUGAGGGCUGGAUGUAUGGCCGCGUGGAACGCACCGGCCAGCAGGGCAUGCUGCCCGCCAACUACGUGGAGGCCAUCUGAGUGAGAGGGAAAGAAAACGAGGGAGAGAAAAAGGAGGAGGAGGAGGUAGAGAAAGGGAGGGAAAGAAGGAAAGGAAAAGCCCAGUGCCAUCUCAUCUUAACGCCGCUUUCUCUUGAUUUUACUCUUGUUCCUAUUCUGUCCUGUGAGACCUUAACACCCCCCCAGCCCCCCACUCCCUCCCCUACAUCCCUGCUCUGCUCUCACUGUCCAGCUCGCCAAACCACAGACACCCUUUAUCUGUCUGUCUGUCUGUCUGUCUUUCUCUUUCUGUCUGUCUGUCUGCCUGCAUCUCUGUCCGUCGGUCUGUGCUGAUGUCUGUCUCUGUUUGGAUGUUCAUCAUCCUCUUUGUCUUUGUCACCAAUCCUGGCUCCACUCUCGUGCCAUUGCAAGUGGAAAUCGAAAAGUCUUAAAAGAACUCACAGUUCAUCGCAGUAAGUCAGGGGUCAUGGCUUGUUACACAGCUCCAUCCUAGCUUUAGCACUUAACAAUCCUGACACAAUAUCAUGCAAAAAAUAAAGAAGAAGAAAUGUUAAAAAAAAAAAAAAAAAAAACUUUUCCCCCACACGUCUGUCACCACAUCUGCAGACAUUAUUCUGUGGAGAAAAUAAGUUUGAAGUGUAGGUGGGUGUGACAUUUCCAUAGACUUAUUUGUUUCCUUUUUUAUUUUUUUUUUCCUCUCUUUAAUUUCAGCGUGAUCUUGGCCAGACUGGAAACACAGUGCAGAAUCUCAGUCGAUCAGAACUUAAGCUUGAAUAUUUUUGACUUGUGUACAUUCCUUUAACCUCUAACCCUGUUUGCUGUUGCACCAAUCAGCCAGUUAUCAGUCUUAACAGAGAGGUUUUUAAUAUAUUUAUAGAUAGACACGCAUCUUGCCGUCGUGUUGCUCGUGUUCAGCACUGCACCGUUGGGUUACCGUCGUGAAACUGGAAUCGCAGCCUAACUGAAGAGCACCUCCUGGCGUUGCCUUUUUCUCAGGCUUUUCAGAUACAGGAGGGAUCAGGGACAAGUUAGGGGACAAUUAUCGGUCCAUCUCUUGCAGCCACACUGAAUACAUCACCUCAGCUGGUGUGGAUGUAAAGUCUAUACACCCUUAUUCCUGUUUUUCACAGCCUGAAUGCCUUCAGUCCUGAGAGAAUCACAAAGUUAUGGUGACGAAGGUUUUGACGAAAAGGAGACGGGAUCAGGUCAAGUCCUUCCUUCCAUCAAAGAGAACACAUUUAUAAAAGAGAAGGCCAAGCACAACUUCUUUUUUUUUAAUCUAUUCCACUGUUGUUGUGAGUGAACAUUCCAGUCUUUUCUUUUUUUCCAUUUAAUGUGAGAGAACUUGGUGAAUCCUUGGCUGUGGUAAAUGUUGUUGAUGUUUUUCUCAUGCUGUUCUUCCUUUGCCUUUUCUUGUUAUUGUAAGACGCUUAUUUUCCACAAAAAAAGAAAAAAAAGAAAACAUGCUAGUGUAUUAAAUAAAUGAACCAGCAACUCAAUUUAUGAAUCAAGACAGAGGAAUUUAUCUGGACUCGUGCAGCCGCAGUGUUAGAUCAGUCGUGGGAUUAAUCAGCCUGCAGUUUUAGGUCAGAUCAGUGCUGGCAGCUAGUUUGAGAAAUACUUGCACGUCCUAGCCUGUUUCUGAUCUCUAUCAAUGCUGUUUAUUAUUCUGGAGCCUAUAAGAAAGACUAAUGUUAGAAGAAUUACAUUUAAAGUACACAUGAAAGAAAGUUUUAUUGUAUGCUGUGGUCAUUAAAAUGUCAGUAAAGGCAGGCUUUUGCAGUCAAUCUGGCAGGGGAAUCCUAAAAUUAUCAACUAUUUUUGAUAUUGGACCAGUAUAUGGGGUUUUUUGGUGGUUUAUAAACAUAAAAUUAAGCAUUUAAGUUGCUGGUUAUUACACAGAAAUGCUGCAUCAUUCCUCCACUCUGGAUAUUCGUGUAUUUCUGUGAGGACCUUGACAAAGUUUAAAAAUGAUAUUUGACCUCUCAUCUCUCAGUGGUGUAAAUACUCCCGUCGGCCCCUGACCGUACUCAACCUCUUUCCCCUUUUCUUGCUGUUUUCAUUCUCCCGUGUGAUGCACUGUGACAGACGUGAGCGAUCAGGCGUGGUGCGUUUGUAGGUGUGGGUGGGAGGAGGGGGGGGCCCGAAAAUAUUUCAGCUUUAUUAAAUAAAAGAAUCGAGGCUCUCACUAUGUAGCUAGAUGACAUUGUACAAUUGUAUAUGUAUCAUAAAAGGUAAGUUAGGGAAAAAUGUUUUUACAGGUCAUGGUGCUCUGGGAAGUGGCUUGCCUGCAGAUUUAAAAAAAAGUGGUUCAUAUUUUUUUGUGAAUGUGGCUGAGGGGAAGUUACGUGAUUUUAAAAAGUUGACUCAUGGAGAAAUCCAGUGUGGUGCAAGUUAGUCAGUUGGUGUUGAACAUUCAUAAAAUUUUGCAACUUUCUAAUGUGAUAAAUUGUGACAGUGCUGAAGAAAACAAAUCAGAAAACAAAAACACACCUCAAACUGGGUUGCCAAACAAAAUGAAUGAACACACUGUACAGUAUGUGUGCCUGUAUUUUGCAUUAACCUUUACUUGACAACAGGACAAGUUUAUUUGCAAAGCAGAUGCUAGAUCAGAAAGCUGUUUUAGAGCUCACGGUUGCGUGUUUCACGGGGGUAAACUGAAGAGUUGUUGGUUUUUUUCCUUGAGGUGAAAUGAUUGUUGUUCCUGGCUUAUGAUGAUGUUUGCUCAAAUUUAAUUUAAUAACAAAGCUACUCACACUGGUAGCCUCUGUUACUGAGGAUUACAUCCAAUCCAAACCUUUUUUUUGUCUCGAGGUCGUCGAUGUUGUCAGUGGGUGUUCUGGACGAAAUGGAAAAAAGUGGCCAAAGACAGCCAGUGCUGUGUAAGUGUGGCUCAGGAUGGAUUUGUAAAGGCAAAGUCAAAUUUGAGCAUGUGGUGAUGUAAGUGUGCGGGGCAGAGGGCAGCGAUCUGAUGCCCUCAAUCUCCCCCAGGGUGGCUGUGAGGCAGGGCAAGUUGUUUGUCUGACCUGAAUAUUAGUCAGGAGUUAACCUCUUUGCGCCAAAUACCGCUCUUCUGCUCUGGCAUCAGUCAUCUACUGAACUGUAACGUCAUAUCAUAACCUCCCCUCGUUUCCAUUCAGUUUCUGUCUAGUAUCCUGUCCGCCCGUCUGCUGCGAUCCCUCUUUCCUUCAGCCUUCAUCGUAGGUUCCUGCGCUUCUGAUGAAUCAUCCCCUGCUUCUAUGAUACUGGUUAUAUACUGUAGACUUUGCAGAGUGAAAUCAUGUAAUCCACAAUCGCAGGUUUAGCAUUCAGACCAGUUUUGUGCAUUCCAUCUUAAAUUGUUUUGUUUUUGAUAUAAUUUUGUUAUUUUUUAAAUAAAAAAAUAAAGAUACCAUAUGCAUAUUGACAUACACGUGUAUUCAAAUCUCAUACUGAAUACAUACUCAGAUUUAAGGACCUGAUAUCAUCUCCUGUUGCCCUGUUACAGCACUUCAAAUUGUACUUAUGAUUCUGCAGAUUCAAUAAAAUGUCAUUUUUCUCA